CUCAAUUUAUAAUACUGUGAUUUUAAGCAACGAGUUAGUUCAGUUGAACAGACCGAUCGUUUCAGUUCGUUUAUUUUAAUUUUUUCUUCCCUCUCCAAAUAUUUUUUCAAGUCAACUACCAUGUCGCUCGACGAGAGAUUCAAUGCUGCCGCUGUUAAAGUAAAAACAUUCACAAAACGUCCAACCGACAGUGAACUCUUGCAGCUGUAUGCUCUGUUCAAGCAAGCUUCUAUUGGGGAUAAUAAUACAAGUAAACCAGGUAUGCUUGACUUGAAAGGUCGUGCCAAAUGGGAAUCAUGGAAUGACUUAAAGGGCAAGGCCCAAGAUGCCGCUAAAGAAGAAUACAUUGCUUUGGUUGAGAGUCUCAGCCAAAAGUACUUGUAAACUUGACUGAACUACCAAAUAAAAAUAUUUUUUUUUUCCUCUUUAACUUUACUUAUUUUUUUGAUGACAAUUAAUUGUAACUAAUUUUUUUUUCUUUUGUAGUGAGUUUUGAAUAAAAAUGAAUGAAAAUACGUAUCUUCCAUAA